CUACAAGUUUAGUUCAAGCUUCCACCACUUCCAAAAUUUAAGUAUUUUGGCUUAGUAGUCACGAGAGUGACGUACAUUUUCUCAUUGCAUUAGGCAAAAAAAGAAACAUCUUGGGCGAAAGAAAAUGGUUGUCACAAGUGCAGCAACAGUCGAGUCCAACUAUGACCGGGAAAGUGAGUUAAUGGCUAUUGACAGAUCAAAAGCCGGCAUAAAAGGACUCGUUGAUGCUGGAUUAGCAAAGCUCCCACGAGUUUUCGUGCACGAUCACUUGAAUCCUGAGGUUAAAUCACGGCCUCCAAAUGCCAACAUUGAGAUCCCAGUCAUCGACUUGGGAGGUGUUACCAAUGACUCCACUCGACGGGCAGAGGUAAUCAACGAAAUCCGAAAUGCUUGCCAGAAAUGGGGAUUCUUUCAGGCGGUUAAUCAUGGAAUCGCUGCAACCACCCUGGAGGAGAUGAUCAGCGGCAUUCGUAGGUUCCAUGAGCAGGAACCUGAAGCAAAAGAAGAGCUCUACUCCCGUGACGAAUCUAAGAAGGUUACAUUCAACACUAAAAUUGAUAUGUCCCAAGCCCUGACUGCCUAUUGGAGGGAUACCUUGACAUGUGUUAUGGCACCUCAGCCCCCUGCUCCCGGAGAAUUGCCUUCAGCUUGCAGGGAGAUAAUGCUUAAUUACACAAACAAUGUAAUGAACUUAGGGCUUACCCUGUUCCAGUUGUUAUCAGAAGCUCUUGGGCUCAAUCCAGACCACCUCAAGGAAAUUGGUUGCGCUGAAGGACUUUAUGUAAUGGGUCAUUACUACCCUGCUUGUCCUGAACCAGAACUGACUAUGGGCACAGGCAUCCACACAGACAGUGGUUUCCUGACUGUGCUCCUCCAGGACCAAAUGGGUGGCCUCCAAGUCCUCCACGACAAUCAAUGGAUUGAUGUUACCCCUAUUCCUGGAGCUCUUAUAAUAAAUCUGGGAGAUCUGCUUCAGCUGAUCACAAACGACAAGUUCAUUAGCGUCUAUCACAGAGUACUGGCGAAAAAUAUCGGGCCAAGGAUAUCAAUUGCUAGCUUUUUCCGAACCUAUAUUCAGCCAGAGAAUGCCUUAAGAAUGUAUGGACCGAUAAAGGAGCUGCUCUCGGAAGAAAACCCGCCACUUUACAAGGAAACGAAUGUGGUCGACUACUUUAAAUUCAAGCACGUAAAAGGUGUAGAAGGGACCUCUGCUCUGGCACAUUUCAAGCUCUGAAAAAUGGAAAAAAUGUAGGGGAAGAUUGAUGAAGUUUUUCUACUUUGGUUGCACCUUCAAUUCCUGGUUUCAUAUAUGUCAAAAAAUUAAAUCCCCUCUAAGUCUCCUAUGUUCCCCAAC